AUGACCAAUGGAAGUUCUCCUGCCAUGUUUGUGCUCCUGGGCUUCUCUGCUCGCCCCUCACUGGAGCCCAUCCUCUUCAUGGUGGUCUUGGUGUGCUAUGUCGUGUCUAUCCUGGGCAAUGCCACCAUCAUCCUGGUCACCCAUGUGGACGUGCACCUCCACACGCCCAUGUACUUCUUUCUUGCCAACCUGUCCUUCCUGGACAUCAGCUUCACCACAAGCAUUGUCCCACAACUGUUGGUCAACCUCUGGGGACCACAGAAAACCAUAAGCUAUGGCGGGUGCGUGGUGCAGUUCUAUGUGUCCCACUGGCUGGGGGCCACCGAGUGUGUCCUCCUGGCCGUCAUGUCCUAUGACCGCUAUGCUGCCAUCUGUAAGCCCCUCCACUACACUGUCAUCAUGCACCCACAGCUUUGCCUUGGCCUGGCCUUUGCCUCCUGGUUUGGGGGCCUGACCACCAGCAUGGUCGGCUCCACGCUCACCAUGCUCCUGCCUCUUUGUGGGCACAAUCGCAUCGACCACUUCUUUUGUGAGAUGCCUCUCAUUAUGCAACUGGCCUGUGUGGACACCAGGCUCAACGAAGUUGAGAUGUACGUUGCUAGCUUCAUCUUUGUGGUCUUACCUCUGGGCCUUAUCCUGGUGUCCUACGGACACAUUGCCCAGGCUGUGUUGAAGAUCCGGUCAGCAGAAGGGCGGAGAAGAGCAUUCAGCACCUGCUCCUCCCACCUGGCUGUUGUGUCCUUGUUCUAUGGGAGCAUCCUCUUUAUGUACCUGCAGCCAGCCAAGAGCAGCUCCCACGAGCAGGGCAAGUUCAUAGCUCUCUUCUACACCGUGGCCACCCCCAUGCUGAACCCCCUCAUCUACACUCUGAGGAACAGGGACGUAAAGAAUGCGCUCAGAUUCUGCGCUGGAGCCCUGCCGGGAGUGUGCUGA